AUGACUGGAGUGUCAUUGGGUCUACGAACAUGUAGCUUUGGUUCUCUGCAGUUGGUUCAGAAUGGAAAUGGUUUGCAGGUUCCUGUGCUUGUUCGUAGACCUUCAAGGGCGCUCCUUUAUAACCCUAAAGAGAAAGAGAAAGAAAGGGGUUGCCCUUAUAUUUGUCGCCACCUUGGACGUGGCAGGGUUGCUAUGCUUCUCACACUUCUAUUUGGCCUUUUCAUUUUUGUCUUUGGUUGCUUUACACUUUACAAAGGUGGAAACAUUACUAGUGAAAUUGAAAAUACACGGUCCCAUGCCUUUAGUAGCUAUGAUUUUUUAGGCCUUGAUGAAACAAUAGAAACAAAGUUGAGGAAUAGUAUUUCUACUAGAAAGACACCAGUAACAAGUAGUUCUACAGUCAAGGAUCAUCCUGUUUCCCAUUUACCAUCUUCAUAUAAUUUGAAAGAAAAAAUAGGGUCUUCCUCUACUGCAGGACAUUAUUGUGACCAUUUUGCAUAUCCUCCUCCACUGGCUGAUAGAAGAAGAACUGGACCACGCCCAUGUCCUGUGUGCUAUAUGCCUGUGGAUAAAGCCAUGGAUAGUAUGCCAAGUUCCCCAUCAGAGUCUCCUAUACUUCACACUCUCACAUAUGUACAGAAUGAAACUAUGUUUCCAAUUGAACAAGAGGGUGGCUCUGAUUUUGGUGGAUACCCUACUCUGGAAGAAAGGGAUGCUUCUUUUGAUAUAAAAGAGACCAUGAAAGUGCAUUGCGGAUUUGUCAAAGGAAGCAGACCUGGCCGCCGGACUGGGUUUGAUUUUGAUGAGGAAGAUCUCUUAGAGUUGGAUCAGUACCAUGAUAUAAUUGUUGCGUCUGCCAUAUUUGGAAACUAUGAUGUAAUACAACAGCCCAGGAACAUCAGUAUAGAAGCAAGGAAAAACGUUCCUUUCUAUAUGUUUAUUGACGAAGAGACAGAAAUUUAUAUGAGAAAUGCCAGUAUUUUGGAUAGCAGCAGGAGAGUUGGAUUGUGGAGAAUCAUUGUUGUCCGGAAUAUUCCAUAUGCUGAUUCUAGGCGUAAUGGAAAGAUUCCAAAACUUCUUCUUCACAGAAUCUUCCCCAAUGUUCGAUAUUCAAUUUGGAUAGAUGGGAAGCUUCAGCUCAUUGUUGACCCAUAUCAAGUUCUUGAAAGGUUUUUGUGGCGCCCAAAUGCUACGUUUGCCAUUUCAAGACACUAUAGGCGCUUUGAUGUCUUUGUCGAGGCUGAGGCUAAUAAAGCAGCUGGAAAAUAUGAAAAUGCUUCCAUUGAUCGCCAAGUCCAAUUUUAUCAAUCCCACGAUGGUUUAACUCAUUAUUCUAGGGCUAAACUUCCCAUAACUAGUGAUGUUCCCGAAGGUUGUGCUAUCAUUAGAGAACACAUUCCAAUUACAAAUCUGUUUACCUGCUUAUGGUUCAAUGAAGUCGAUCGCUUUACUUCCAGGGAUCAGUUGAGCUUUUCCACGGUAAGAGAUAAAAUAAUGGCAAAAGUUGAUUGGAGUAUCGAUAUGUUUCUGGAUUGUGAAAGGCGAAACUUUGUGAUACAGGCUUAUCAUAGAGACGUAUUGGAGAACAUGCCUCCUCCUUCAGUCAUAAUCACUCGUUUCAAUCGACCUGCUUUCUAUACUAGUAACAAGCCUUUGAAGAAGAAUCCUAGACGCGGAAGAGGAGAUAGGAGAACAGGUUCUAGGCGUCAUCGUAAAGUAGUAGACAAUUAUUUUCUUACGAACCAACUAUUUUAG